UAAUAAAUAUUCUUUUAUAAAAAUAUAUUUCUGUAUGUUUCUUUUUAUAAAAAUAACUUAUAAAAAAUUAAAGAUAUCUUACGAAAUUUAAGAUUAAAUUUAAAUUAUUAUUAAAUUUUUUAAAUUAUAUUAAAUUAUUAUAUUAAAUUAUAUAUCAAUAUCUUUUUGUAUAGAAUGUUUCAAGAAUAUAUCUAAAAAAAGUAUAAUUUUUAUGUGUCAUCAAGUGUAUCAUUGCAUUUACAAAACUAUUUAGUUAUUUACUUGACUAGAUUUAGUAAAAAAAUAGAUUUUUCUACACUGUGUACUUAUUUAUCCAUUUUUUCGUAUGUUUAUUUAAAUUUAAGAUAUAUUUUAUUUAUAAUCGAUUUAAUAUUUAUAUUCUAUAUUGAAAAAUAUAAUAAAAAUAUAAUUUUAUCACUUAAUUAAUUAUUAAAAAUAACAAAUUGAUUUUGAUUUAAUUAAUAAUAAAUGAUAAACAAUAUAAUUAUGUGAUAACAAUAUGGUUAUGUUGACAAUGAAAACGGUGAAGCAAAUAAAUGUAAAUAAUACAACAUAACCCUCAUGUUAUCCAUUUUCUUUUUUAAAAAUAUUAUUGUAAAAUAAACUUGCAAUAAAUAUCUUUAAUUCUUAUAAGUACUAUGGAUACAAAUACAAAAUUAUGCCAGGGUAAGGAUAUUUUUGAAAGAAUGAAUUAUCUGUACCAGGCAAGUUAUUUAAUGGCUUUGAAAAAUAGAGUAGCAGCAUCAUAUUAUGGAAACAUAAUGGUUGGUUGUGCAAAAAAAUCUGUUUUAAGAAUAGAACCUGAUAUUAAGAGAACAAUUUGUAAAUGUUGUCAAUCUCCCCUUAUACCUGGUGAAACUGCAAAAGUACGAUUAAUAUCAAAACCUAUAAAAAGUGUAAAAUGGACAUGUUUAACAUGUUUAAGUAUUAAAAGAUACCCUACAAAAAAAGGAUAUAAAUUAUGGAUAGAACAACCUAAUUCGAUAGUCCAAAUUUUCAAUUAUGGAUCAAAAUUAUUAGAUAAUAAAUCUAAUAAGAAAGAAAAAAAUAGCUUAGAUAAAGAAGAACAUAUGGAUAUUGAGAAAAAUUAAAUGUACACAGAUUUGAAUAUUUAUUUUCACAUGAUGUGAGAUGUGAUGAAUGUUGAUAUAUGAAUACUUUUUUUUAUCAAUGACUUACAUAAAAUAUGUUACAAUAAAUUUAUAACCAAUAAA